AUGCAUUCUUCAUUAUCAUUUUUUACUUUCUUUUUUUUCUUUUCUUUUUCCUCUGCUGCUGUUAGUUGCUUUUUUUCUUCUUUGUUCUUUUUUUCUAGUUCUUGUUUCAUACCUUUAUUGUCUAUUUCAUCCUCUUCUCCCCUCCUUCAUCUAUUUUUUUAUCCUUUUUUUUUUUUUAAUUUACCAUCUUUUCUUCCUUCUUUUUCUUCACUUUUUCCUUUGUUCCUCUCCUUUUCUUCCUUUUUGUUCAUUCCCAACUUUCAUUUUACACUCUUUCCUUCUAUCACAUCAUCCCCAUUCACACGUCCAUCUUCUCUUCCUUCUCUCCUUUCGACACCUUCACUUCUCUUUCAAACUUUGUUUUUUCUUCCUCCCCCCGCUCUCACUCAUGUUUACCUACUCUUUCUUCAUUCACUCAUAACUUCUCAUUUAUUCAAAAUUUAUCUCUUUUUCUUCUUGUCCUCAUCUUUGAUCUCCUUUUAUUUGAUUAUUUUUUUUGACUUCCUCUUUUCCUACUCUUCAAUAUUCACCCCUUUCCUCCUUAAUUUUUCUUUUUCUUCCUUCUCACCUCUUCCUCUCUUUUACUUUUCUGCUACCUUCUUUCCCAAUUUCACAUCUUCUGCUUCUAAUCUAGUCAUUCUCUUUCCAUUUUAG